GUACAGUCUAGUUAAGAACAUAAACUCAGUAGGCAACACAUAUCUUGUUCAAUAUUUCAAUCUACACCAACAAUGUCACCAGCAGCAACAUCAGCUGCAGUAGGAGCAACAACACCAAAGUUAUCACUCACCCAUUCUCAUUACCCUAAAACAAUCUCUCUCCUCCCACCCUCCAUCAUCUCCUGCCUCUACUCAUCACAUUCAACCUCUCUUAAACCCCUCAAUUCUCUCUCCUCCCAUGUCUUCUGCCAUGCCUUUCCUUCAAACUCCCAAAAUUUCCAAUUUGCAACCUCAAAUUUCGAAGAUGAAGAUGAAGAUGAAGAACAGGUAAUUGGGGAUUGUUUGAUUUUUGAAGAUGGGGUUUUUGAAGACCCAUAUAUUGAGGAAGAACUAAACCCUCAAAUUUCUUCAGUUUCUGAAACUACCCAGAAACCCAAAUCAAGGCAAAAUAAACCAGAAGUUAUUGAACCCCAGAAUUUAAUCCCAGAAAAAUGGAAUUCAAUUGUGGAAGAAAUCAAUUUGACCAAGAAAGAAAGGAGAAAAAUUGCUCAGGAAAUGGAAUUUGGGCAGAAAGUUGUGAAGAGGAAGAUGAUUAAUGUAAAUAUGCAGGAGUAUUUGAGGUUAAGGGAGGAGAAAUUGUCUCAAUUGAACCCUGUUGUUCUUGAUGACCCGCCUUCGUUUCGUGCUGAAAAUGAGGGAAGUGGUGAUGAUGCUGACGAUGAUGGUGUUGCAAAGCAUAGGAGAGAGACUGUUGAUUCUAGAGUUGAACCGAAGAAUCCUAGAUGGGCUGUAUAUGGUCGUGGAUUGGAUGAUAUUACAGAGUUCUUCAACAGUGGCAACUAUCAGCCUAGUGAAAAAUCGGAUGGACGUCAAGGUCAAGUGUUGUUUACAAAGGAGGAGAAGGCCCUAAUGAAUGCAAAGAGACCUAGACUUGCAGCUGCUACUUCUGAAAAAUGGCUGCCUCUGCAUACUCUUGCUGCAUCUGGAGAAUUUUACCUUGUGAAUACUUUGUUAAAACAUGAUGUUGAUAUCAAUGCUGCUGAUCAGGACGGCUUAACUGCACUUCAUAAAGCAAUAACUUGUAAAAAGCAGGCUAUAAUAAAUUAUUUGCUGAGAGAAUCAGCUGAUCCUUUUUCUCGUGACAAGGAUGGGGCAACUUUGAUGCAUUAUGCUGUUCGAACCGCAUCAAGUCAGAUUAUUAAAACACUGUUGCUGCACAAUGUGGAUAUUAACCUCCAGGACAAUGAUGGGUGGAGUCCAUUGCAUCUUGCUGUUCAGGCUCGGAGAACAGAUGUUGUGAGGCUCCUCUUAAUGAAAGGAGCAGAUAAGACACUAAAGAACAAGGAUAAUCUGACUGCUUUGGAGCUUUGCCUGUAUUCUGGUAAUGACACCAAGACUUAUGAGCUCAUUAAACUAUUGAAACAGCUACCUAGGCGACAUCGUUGAUUGUACAUAGAGAACAGUAAGAACUCGACCAUUUAACCAGAUUAGCUGCUUGCUGGUAACUUGAUGCUGACCACAAACCUUGGCUGAGUUAGAUCGUGAUUUUUGAGGUCAGAACAUGUUUCCAAUGGCAGAGCUGCUGCCCUAUUGGCCUGGAGGCGGAGUGCUAUAAAACUUAUGUACACCUAAUAGAGUAUUGGUGAAAUGCAUUUAGAAACUAUAGUUCCUGUAAUUUUGUUACCUAAACUGUUAAUCCUGUUCGAUAAAUUCCAUCCUCUAUACAUGCUGCUAUCUUAAGCUUGAAGGUGUACAAUUAGUAAUCCAUAAUUUUGAUGGUCUUGUUCGUAUUGAAUGCCUAAUUGGUUUGGGACACAAA